CGCGAUGCUUUUUGUCCGAUACCGCCCCAAAAUGGCAGACAGCGACUCGGAGAGGACUCCGAACGACGAGAAAAUAAUAACGCCAUUACAGUUAGGACCGCGGGUUGUAACCAUCUGCAAGACCGAGACAGGGUUUGGCUUCAAUGUGCGCGGUCAAGUCAGUGAAGGUGGCCCUUUGAAGAGUAUCAACGGCGAACUUUACGCGCCCCUGCAGCAUGUCAGCGCGGUGCUCGAAGGCGGUGCUGCCGAGGAGGCUGGCAUUCGACGCGGAGACAGGAUCUUGGAAGUCAAUGGGGUUAACGUAGAAGGAGCAACACACAAGCAGGUCGUGGACCUCAUCAAAUCUGGCGGAGACAAGCUUACUCUAACUGUCAUAUCAGUCACUGCUCAGGAAGCCGAGCGCCUUGAGCCCAGUGAUGACUCUUCAGGAGUGUCGUACAUUGACUACAGUGAAAAGCGCUCGUUACCCAUCUCAAUCCCGGACUACAAUUAUCUCGAGAGGUCCAAUGACAAAUUCGUGGUGUACAACAUUUACAUGGCCGGAAGGCAUCUAUGUUCACGGCGCUACCGCGAGUUCUCAGUUCUCCACAUGAACCUCAAGAAGGAAUUUCCGGACUUUGCCUUCCCCAAGCUGCCGGGCAAAUGGCCAUUUUCACUGUCAGAUCAGCAGCUGGAUUCACGAAGGAGAGGCCUCGAACAGUACCUGGAAAAAGUGUGUGCUGUACGAGUGAUUGCCGAAAGUGAUACUAUGCAGGAUUUUCUCACCGACAUGGACGACGAACAUGGUGGCAGUGCAUCACUGGUGGACAUCAAAGUGCUACUUCCUGACCGAACAACUAUAGUGGUGAAAGUGCGCAAGAACAGCACCACUGAAGAGGUGUAUCAAGCAGUGGUGGAAAAGGCCGGCUUGCCGCAGGAAGUUUGGCGCUACUUUGCUCUGUUUGAGAUUGUGGAGUACGGCUUCGAGCGCCGGCUGGGCCCCAACGAGUUCCCGCAUAACCUGUACAUCCAGAACUACUCUACGGCCACAUCUACCUGUCUCCUGGUGCGCAAGUGGCUUUUCACCACCCAACUGGAGGAGUCACUCGCCCAGGCUUAUCCCUUGGCUGCAACAUUCUUCUUCUGGCAGGCCAUUGAUGAUGUAAACAAGGGACAGAUCAAGCCGGGCAACAAGCUCUACGAACUUAAGGCACUACAGGAUUGUUCACGGAAAAUGGAAUACUUGCAACUCGCUAGGACUCUGGAAGGCUACGGGGAGCUGUCUUUUCCACACUGCACCUGUGAUGCACGCAAGGAUGGCCACGUCGUCUCUACUGUGGGGAUCGAUGGCCUCAAGUUACAGGCAUGCCGAGACGACGGCACAUUGGAGGCACAAGUGAUCGAGUUCCCAUGGGACACCGUGGCCGAGUGGGAGGUUGAUGAAGAAGGCAUGGCGUUUGCAUUCCAGUACACCCGACCUGACAAAAAGCCGCGCUGGGUGAAAAUCUUCACACCUUAUUUCCUCUUCAUGUUUGACUGCUUUGAGCGGAUACAAGAAGAGCGGACGUGGCAUACAGAGAGUGUGUCUUCUGGGUAACAGCCACCACACCGAUGCACUAGGAGACCUAUAUCAAGGAGGAAAAGCUCUGAAGCGGGAGGGGGAGGGGGGGAGGUGGCCACCACGGCUGAGAAAAGGACAUGCGGCGGCAUCGGUGUGCUUCCGAGGGGGCUGCACUGGAAUCCAGCUGCACUGCAUGUAGUUGCUUGUGCAUACUUGUACAUAGAGGGCUUUGUACAUACUAGGUAUAGACGACAUUUGGUUUGUUCAAGUGUCGAGCACAUACCAGAUGCCAUAGAUGUGCAACGAGCACGCAGCAUCAGAGUAGUGUGCCACAGUUCUGCUUGAAGCAGUCGGCCACGGUUCCGUCGGCGAGGAGGGAAGAUCCGUCGGUGUACCCUGGAUUAACGGGCAGGCAAACUGUGGUUAGGCUAAACUUCGGCUGUGUCCCAAAGCGCUUUUGCGUCGUUGCACAAAGGAAAGAAAAUAGAAGAAAACUAGUUCUGAGACUGGUUGAAGCGUGGUUUUCUUAAACAAGCCAUAACCGAAGUUCAGAUAAAGUGCAGUUAGUCUGCCCUGUGUAAUCAAGGUGUGAAGAGGCUAGGGCACCGCGUCCUGCCCUCUCGUGUUUGACGAAAGAGUCGAUUUUUUGCCAUGUUUAUUUAUGUACACACCCACUGGCCUGAACAACAUUUGUUUGUUCGCAGUUUUAGAGAGACCAAUCUUCGAAGAAAAGGCAAUCAGUCUUUCCGCUUGUUUUCCGUCUUGUGCUGCUUGGCUAGUAGAGAGGAGGACUUUUUUUUUAUUUCAUUGUGCGUGUUGUUGUUGCAAUAAUUUGUAAGCUGCUGGAUUUGGCCCAAAUGAAUACAAGGCAAGGCACAACAGUUCUUAAUGCACUGUAUGUACAGCAGUAGUUGUUUUGGAGGUGAGGAGUAUGUUUUCUCCUCAGAAAAAGCACUGUUUGUUAUUAAUAGCACUGUAAUUUUUCUAGUCAUCUCUCUCUCUCUCUUUCAUUUUUUUUAGGGGGAGGAGGUUUAUGGGGGAGAGAUUUGUCAGUCAAUCGACAGCAAGCUCCAAGGGAUAUUUUGGCAUGAGAUGCCUACUGAUCACUGCAAUAUACAUAUGUGAUGAUGGAACAUAUGGUGUUUGGGAUGGGAAUUUUCGUGGCAGUCUUGAUGCAUUCUGACUACAACAGCGCAUUUUUAAAGCUUUCUUGAGGAUUUCUGUAUUUUGAAGCUUGCUUAUAUUGCAUACCUAUUUUGUCAACAGGCAUGCUCAUGCCAGCACAAAGACCACGCAUGCUCUCCAGUAUUUGGUAUGCAAUGCCGAUGACGUCUCUGUUCACUGUAUUCUAUGCCAAGAUGCGAAUUUACUUACUAUCUGAUCUACAGGGAACCGGAUGUUUUUAUGCAUUUCAGCUACUAUAUACAUAUGUACAAUAUGACUUUUAAAUUUCCCCAGUCUUUACACUGGAAUGUCGGAUCAGGUACAUGCAAUUCAUCUGUUAACAGGCAUGUCUUUACAAGUGCAAAAAUCAUGUGCACAUGUGCGGUUUCACAAAUAAUAGCAUCACUUCUGUUGGCAAAGAGAUGUGUUAUGCAUGUGGCCAUUAGCAUGUGCCAGUGCCUUGUACCAGCAUAAUUUUAGCUGGUGUUCCAAGAUUUGAACUUUCAGUUCCUCGCACUCUGUUCAGCGUAUGGAGCCCCUUUUUUAUGCGUGUAUUUUACCUUUUUUGUGAUGGUCAGUUCCUUUACUACUGCCAUAUUUUCUUUCCCGUCAUGCAUCUGCGCUGUUGGCGACCGACAUAGUACAGCUGGGAACGAUGUAUUUGUGUGCUGUUGGAGUGUGUAGCAAAAUGCACCAUCGUAGCCACAUUACAGCACGGUGCUUGGUUUUUAGUUGGCUGCUUACGUCCCAUCUUACAGACAUGCGGGUUAUUCCACAUUGGUCGCUGGGCUUUGAAUUCUGUAAGUUCAACAUUGCUUUGGUAAAGACAGUGCCCACCUUGGUUGACGGCAGUAUGACUGAAGGAUCUCUCCAGCGUUGUAGCGUUCCCGUUUGGUUCAGUAUGGUAAUCUCCAUUAAAUAUGGCACAUGUAGGCACAUUUAUUUCUCAAGGUGUGUACUUUUGGAUGAUCCCCUAACAGAAGCCAACCACAGCCACCUUACUGUUUAGCCUUGGGCAAUGUGAAAGAAGCCAUUCAUGCCUCGAGGAGCGAAGUGAGGUCAUGAGGCAGCAUUGCACACCUUACUAACUCUGGUGAGAUCUGCCAGUCAUGGUGCCAUGGCUCUGUCAAAGUAGUACUACACAGUAUGUGGUAUUUUUCUAGAUUUGAUGCCUGUCUGCAAAAUGUGCACUGUUUGAAAACAAUGUGAUGUUGAACACAAUUGUUCACCUCUGAACCAUGUGCCGUGCGGUGAUGCAAUUUUUCCACAUGCUUUUACGUUUCCCUGUUGCUUGUACUUGCCCGUGCCAUUGUACUCCUCAAUGCCUGCCAUCUUCAACCUUGUUUGACUUAUGCCAUCCCGAGACAUACUCAGGCCUUAUUUCGCUUAAAUGGUGGCAGCUGCUUAAGGCUAAAGCAAAUGACUUGAAAUUCAAUUUUUCUGUUCUGCAUUCCAGCUGUAGGAAUGGCUGUGAUGUGAAGCUGUAGUUUGUUCUAACGAGGUCUGACGUGCUUAAGCUGUAAAAGCUUGCUAGCACCAAUGUCGGCAUCCCAAGAGAGUAAACAUCUGAAAGAGACAGUUUAAAUAAAUGAAUAAAUAAUGGAGUGCACCUAGGACGAAGAUGUUUGCAGAGCGACUAGAAUGUUCUCUUUGUCAUCUUUAUUUUUUUACUGUUUUUCUUUUUUCGAAGUGGACCUCGAUUGUGGCAUAUCCGCCAUGCUGCUUAAUCCAUAGUGAAGGCAACGUGUGCCAGUGAUAAUGAAGUUCUGUAAGAACGCAUGCCUUUUCGUUUUGUUUGAAAACUGUUGCUGAGCCUGUGCUACAUGGCCAAAUCCAGUGCUUCAUUUAUAAAGUAUGAGCCCGCAGCAGUAGAAGCUGCCCAAGACAGGUCGGAUGGUCACGUUGUUCUUUUUAUUUUUUUGUUUCAAAAUUUCUUAUUAAAUAAAUGUUUAGUGAGGAUUGA